AGGAGCUGCUCCGAGGACUUGUGGUUCUGAAAAGUCAUUAGAAAGUGAAUGCGGGUGUCUAACUCCAAGGCAGGGCUGAACUGAAGGAUCGAAGCUGUUGUUUUUUGUCCCCAGCCCAGUGAAAGGAACAACCGGAGAAAUCGAAAAGGGACGAAAGAAAAACUAGAGUUUGCGAGGAACAGCUGCUGCUUAUAACACCGGGAAGGAAAGGAGCUGGCCACGGCCUCUGGUGCUGAAAGGUUGGGCCACGGAGGAAGAAUGUUUGAAGACAACUAAAACACUCUAAGAUCCUUAGCUGGCUUCUGCUCCAAGAACGGAGUGAGUGGGACACGAUCAAGAUUUCCCUACGGGUAAAGAGAUGGCCAAACUCUACCCCAAGCCCAAAGACAUGGCUGAACUCAUAUCUUCUCAAUCCUGGAUCAAUGAAGCAUUGAGUGCCCAAAAUGAAACAAAGGACAAAGACAGCCGGCAAGCCGCCUAUGAGAUGCUUUCUGGCAUUAAUGAUGAGAAUGACAGUGUUGAGGAAGAAGAGGAAGAAGAUAAUGGGAAGCCCAAGAGAAGGGGGCCAAAGAAGAAGAAAAUGACCAAAGCAAGGCUGGAGCGCUUCAGAGCCCGCCGAGUGAAAGCUAAUGCUCGGGAACGAACACGGAUGCAUGGACUUAAUGAUGCUCUUGAUAACUUGAGACGGGUGAUGCCCUGCUAUUCUAAAACACAGAAACUGUCCAAAAUUGAGACACUGAGGCUAGCCAGGAACUAUAUUUGGGCUUUGUCAGAGGUUCUGGAAAGUGGGCAGACUGCAGAAAGCAAAGAUUUUGUGGAGAUGCUAUGCAAAGGUUUGUCCCAACCGACCAGCAAUCUGGUUGCUGGUUGUCUCCAGCUAGGACCACAAUCCCUGUUCCUGGAGAAACAUGAGGAGAAAGUCCCUGUUUCUGAUUCAACUGUGUCCAGUCAUGGUUUUUCUUACCAGUCUCCAGGAUUGCCCAGUCCGCCCUAUGGAAGUAUGGAGACACACCUUGUACAUUUAAAGCCUCCCUCUUUCAAAACUCUGGUGGAUACUUCCUUUAGCAAUCAUCACCAAAACUGUGCAUCUCCAGCAUAUGAAGGUCCCUUGACACCUCCUCUGAGCAUCAGUGGAAAUUUUUCCUUAAAGCAGGACGGGUCUCCAGACCUAGAAAAACCAUACAGUUUUAUGGCUCACUAUCCAUCUGUUAGCCUGAGCAGUGCUCACGGCCACCCCUCCCACUUUUCAACCACGGUGCCCAAAUAUGACCUCCCAUUAGAUGUGAACUAUGAUUCUUAUGCUCACCAUGUGGUUGGAGCACAGCUCAGUGCAAUAUUUGGUGAAUAAACAAGGAGAUAACAGGCGAAUGGUUUUUAAAUGGAUUUUUAAACUUUUUUUUAAAAAAAAAAAUAUUGGUAGCAUCCAAAAUACUGUACCAAAUAUUGGUACAUUUAAAAAAAAGGAAUUUUACUUAUUCAGACGAUGAUGGAUUUUAUUCCCAACUGAUUUCAUGGGAAGCCCUUUGGAGGAAAAGGAAGCAAAGCAUGUCCACCCUUCUGUGAACUUUGACUUAUUUUAGUAAUUUUAAUUUAUGGGCUUUUAAGUCUAUCGUCUCAAUGAUUCCUUCUUGCAUGACUAUUUCAUUUGAAAGCAGGUGUAAGAGUCUUAUAAUACUGGAAAUUUUAGAAUCAAAUUGAACUCACACACAAAUCUCCUGACAGUUCUGCAGUAAACAGGGCAGCCAAUCAUGUUAUUGCCAGUGAUGUCCUCAGGUCUUCUAUUCUAUUUGCUAGCAGCACUUCUGCCUUUGAUCAGGAUUUAAUUCCAGCUCCGGUCCCUUUUAGAAUUAAAGCAAUGUUUUAGAUUACCAGUUACAUCCUUAGAGCUGAAUGGUAAAGAGUGUGACAGUGCCUGAAUGUCACCAGGUAACAUAAAUUUCCUCUUCAGAAUUCUGAAUGAAGUUCCUCAAUGGUUCUAUGUAAAUACUGAACAGCACAGGGACAAUAUGGUACCCUAUGAGACACUAAAGAUUUUUGUUCUGUUCCACCUGUUAGGAAUGUUAUCCUAUGUUACUAUUCAAAGAUCAGAUGCAGCCCUCUGCUUCCUCAUCCCUGGAUGCACUCUAGGUUUAAGAUCCAUCAGCUACACAGUUCUACAUUUGGGGGGACAUCGUUAUCCUGUUGAACCACAACACUAUGAACCUCUACAUUCAAUCUCCUGAUUAUGAAGAAUGAAGCCAUGAUGAAGAUGGGGUAGGGUGGGAAGAGGCUUUGUGAUUUCUUCCUAAAGGGCUUUGGUGAAAAUUGAGAGUGUGUAAAGCAUCCCAAUCUGAGCACACCAAAAGAAUUGAUGGCAUAUUGACUCUUUAUGACAGUACAUUAAUUACUUUCUUUUAUACGGGAACAAUUUUAGAGACUGGCAACUAGGACUCUCACCAAGGGGAUGUCUCUUCUCAGCUGUGCAGUAAAGAAGCAUCAUCUCACAUACUGAAAGCAAGAGAUAAUGGAGACGUUUCCAGAAGAAAUGCUGAACUAAUUGUGCCCCAAUUCCAUGAAUGAAAUGGGUUGUAUGUAUGGUAUGAUGAUGGUAUAUGUAACAAUGUGUCCUUGUUAGCACUCAGGACUUCAGAAUAAUAGCAAUAAUGGAACUGCUGAUGUUCUCCAAACCAGCUUUAUCACUCCCAAGAUCUACGUAGGGUUCCCCCAAACAGAACUUAACUGCUCCAGUCUUAAAUCAAACAAAGUAUAGGUCCACUUUUUUCUUCUUUUUAAUCUUUUCUGGCUACGCUCCACAGAAUGGUUGACUUGCAGUAUUUCUCAUCCUGCUCAUAAUAUUUUUGAGGAUGUGAAGGAAAGCAAAUAUAAGGAUGCACAUCUUGAACUGGUGGGGGUCCAUUGUGUAGAAACAAAUCUGUCUGUCACUGACUGGAGCUGUUUAUGUACAACAAAUCAUAAUAAUCUAAAACCUGGCUGUGGACACUCAAUAUAUUUUCAGGCAUGUCGUUUCUAUAGUUAUAUACAGGGCAUAAUGUACUGUAUGCAUAUGAAUACUGUACACAUGCCAGCAACCUCCUGGAAUGAGAAAGAUCCCAUUUCCAGAACCUCAUUUAGUUGAUAGGGUUAGUUAUCUGAAUGGCCUCCUGUUUUAUGAUUAUAUCGUUGUCCCAAUUAAAAUUGCCAUUAUCUUCAGUCCAGAAAUUUAAAAAUGUAAUUUGAUUCUGUUUAUCCAGUGAAUUCCAUGUGUUAUCAAUAAUGAUAGAUUCCAUCUUAAUUUUAAUUAAAAAUGAGUGGCAACCCCUUGAGAGUUUCCAAGAAGCUAAAUAGCAGGUGGAAUCCCCCCUCCUUUUUUUUUUUUUUUUUUUUAGAAAUUAGAACAUGCAGCAAUACUUCUUGCCAUGGAAACUAAAACUAAAAUAGAGCUGAGCCAAAAGUUCUCAGAAGACUUUAUUUUAAUGUAUUCUGGAAAAUUUCUAAAAAAUUUCUUAAGAAUUCCACCAAGAAGAUACUUUUAAAAAGUGUUUUGUUUUGUUUUGUUUUUUGGUCAAAUAUUCCUGACACUUUGGAAGUGUCAGGCAUCAUGUUUCACCCAUAUCUUGUUGGCUAAGGAAGAUCUUAGCCAAGAUACCGAGGAAGAUCCAAAAUGAGACCAGAUGGCUAAUUCAGCCUCCACUGUUCUUGAAGAAUUGCCAUUACACCUGGAGCAAUUCAGUAAAAUUCUGUCCCCAUUUUGGUUGACAAAUAGAUUCAUUUGUGUACAGCUCUCCCAUAAAGGAUUGUGCCAGAAGAAUAAAUAGGGUAGGGAAUUGUACAAUCAAAGCAAUCUAUCUUAAUCCAUAUUAUUCCUCAGUGUUGUUAACAUUACCCAGAUCUUUCCCCAAUCCUAUUACUGGCUCAUUCAUUAAGUAAUAACAAUACUGGUGAUGUUUCCUUUGUUUUUUUAAAUUUAAAUGUUACCAAAGUUUUGUAUGAACAAUGUCUUGUGCUAACUACUUUAGAAUUCCAGGUCUAUCUAAGACGCAAUUGGAGUUUCAUUUCCAACAUGCUGUGGAAAAUAUUGUUCUGUUUUCCUUUCUAUUAAAACACUCAAGAAAUUAUCUUCUAGCUUGAAGUGGACAUAUCGCCCUUCAUAUAACGCUGAAGUACAAUUCUUCAUCAGUGUCCAUACUGACUACAGCUGCUGGACGUUGAAUAAUGUCUUAGUGGGUCAUAGAUUCUUCAUCCAUGUAAAUAUAUCAGAGCAGGUGCCAUAUAACUUCACGUGCUAUAGCAGUUCCUCAUCAGGAAGAUUGUCAAAAAUUGUGGAAAGGAAAGAAACCUUCAGGUAUUGAUUUCAUGUAUUCUUCAUCCUAACUUGAAGAACAUUCAAGUUGGGACUGAUAAAGGCAGCCUCAAAUGGGCUGGAAAAGGGAGGAAUUAUUUUCAUCACUGUAAUUUAGAACGGUGCCAGCCAAGAUAAGCCAUGGCUUCUCCCCGCUCCCACCCCCGAUUAUUUAUUAUUUAUCCAGAUUUUAAGUUAUUCUUUUUCAUUUUGCAUAAAAUGUGAAUGGGGAUUUUCACUCAUGGGAAUUUAAAGUCUUUAGUUGGAAGUUUUAGCAUUGUGGGGUUAAAAUGUAUAUGUAAAGGUGGAUUUUUCUUGUGUGUUCUUUGUUUUGUGUGCCUUUGCUCCAUAAUUAUUUAUUAGCACAUAUUUAUUUAAAUUAUUCCUUGUCUUUUCCUCUUUUGGGGAGGAGCAACUCCAGUCCAUAAUUUCAUCAAAAAGAAAAAAAAAAAAAACCUAAGUGUAUCCCUGUAUAGAAGUAGCUCUUUUUGUGACUAUUUAGGAAGUGUUCCUACUGGUUACUGUAAAGGCAGAAGUCAGUACAAGCAAGGAACGUUUCUAAGACUAUGCAAUUAUAGCAAGUAAUCUUAUACUUAUUCCUUCAUCAGCCUUGAGAGGUGGGGUAAAUACCGCACAAUAGCAGAAACAGAAAUUGGUUGGCUGAACAAUGGUUAUAUCAUCACAGAUAUCUGGUACGCAGGUAGAAAGCUAUUAUGUUCUCCCGGAAAUGUUACAUUCACAAUUUCAGGAAGAAAUGAGGAAUGGAUAUGACUAGGUUGCACCAAUGCUGUGUGGUUUCUUGACAUGUUCUCAGAACCAGAUGACUCUAUACCCAAAGGAAGUGAUAUGCAAAGAACUGGUCUCCAUUUCCAAUCUUGCCUGCAGAGAACUAGCAGGGCCAUGGACAGUUAGAGAAGCAGUAGAUCUUUCUUUGCUCUCUCCUGCAAGGGACAUACAAGGUUACUCUGCCUAUAUUUUUUUUUGUUUUUUGAUUUCUAAAUGAUAUUUUCUACUCUGUGAUAGCCUAAAUUUGUAGGCAACCAUUGACACAACCCUCCAGCCAGUUAUCUAUCCCACGCAAUGAUUGUUCUUUGCCCACUUGUCCAAGAUCACAUGGUCUCAGCCCAUAGUUACGUUAGCUCCUGUCCAGUCCAUUCUAUAAUGAAGAAGAGACCAAACAUUGUAGAGGGAUGGUAUAUGAAGAAUUUCAAGAAUCCAGUUAUAACAAAAGAAAUCUUCCAAAAUAAGGAGGAUGGUCAGAGAUGGUCGGGUGUAAUCCAUGGUAUGUUUGUGACUUUUGUACUAAAUAUAUAUGCAUAUAUAUUUUAUCCUUUUAUAUUCAAAAUGGCUUUUUAGCCCAAAUAAAAUCAGUGACUCUUGUUUGAA